AGUGAACUGAAGCGCGCAGUGCAUACAACCUCGUCUUUACAGCUCUUUACUGUGCUACUGUGCAGAGUGAAACCACGCGAUUGGACCGAAAACAGGGACAAAACCAAACGCGCGGAGAUUUAUCCUGUUGCAGUUUGAAGUUUUUCUGCUUUUCAGCUCGUGGACAUCCGAGAGCGUCGAGGUUUGGCUCAGAGCGGAAUCGUGCAGAACUUGAGAUGUAGCUGAAGUAAAGGACCAACAUCACGGCGCUGUGUCGUAGUUAUGCCCAUGCCAUUAGCCUACAUUUCAGAAUUCAAGGUUUGACAUUUUACUACUGCGCUAUUCUUUUUAUGUCUGUGGUAUUUUUCCUCGUUAUGGCUAGUUUGAAGACGCCUCCGGGCUGGAGUUAGCAGAUCACAGUGCACCACUGCCCUGUGCCCAAUAAUGACUAUGAGCUCAAUGCCGGACGCUUUGUCUGACCCGUCUAAGUCGGCCUUUUUGGAAUUUGGCGGGCACAGCUACCCUGGACAUGCCGGGCACCAGCAGUCCUCCCCCGGCAUAUCACACAAUCAUUACCCGGUCCACAGUUUGCACGCGGUAGGGGCCUCGCAGCAUGAAGGCCCGUUCUCCUCGGGGGCGUCGUACGGGCGGCCGUUAGGAUACUCUCCAUACAGCCAUCCUGGAGCAUAUCUGCAGUACCAGCCCGGCGCUCACAGCGGCGGACUGGGACACUCUAGACUAGAGGAGUCCGAACAUGACAAGCCCACUGCGGUGAUCGAAAAUGGGGAGGUGAGGCUCAAUGGCAAAGGCAAAAAGAUCCGAAAGCCCCGUACCAUCUACUCCAGUCUGCAGCUCCAGGCUCUGAACCAGCGUUUUCAGCAGACACAGUACCUCGCCCUGCCCGAGAGAGCCGACCUGGCCGCCAAACUGGGCCUGACGCAAACGCAGGUGAAAAUAUGGUUCCAAAAUAAAAGAUCUAAGUACAAGAAGAUUAUGAAGAACGGCCCUUGUGGAAUGGAGGGGGAACACCUGGCCCCUCCGCCUGCUUCCUCGUCCUCCCCAUGCUCCCUGUGGGACAUCAGCAUGGUCUCCAAAGCCGCGCCCGUGCACUCUGGAGCCUACAUGAACAAUUUCGGACACUGGUACCCUACACACCAGCAGGACUCUGUGCCCCGAACCCAGAUGAUGUGACCCGCAAGACAUCCAGCACAAAUGUUGACUGCAAUUCCCAAGGGUAAACUUAAAGGUUUAUUAUGUAACAUUUUUGGUACUCCUUGCCUCCAAUGUGUUAUUGUCUUGCUUGGAAUGUUCCAUAGUCUGGCGUUCAACUUAUCUGUCUUCAUGAAGACAAGCAUGUAGCGCCACCAGGCCAAGUUCAAGAUCAGAUCUGUGAAGAGAGGAAUAAAAAUACCUGUAAUAGACCCAUGAAAGAUUAGUCUAAUGCCAUGUGGAACAAUCCAGGCAAAACAAUAACAACUAAUUGAAUACAUGGAAGUCAAAGAUCCUUCAUUAUAAAAGUUACAUAGUCCCCCUUUAAAGAUCUCAUGUAAUGCUGAAAUUACUUUGGGAAAUUUGAAACAAUGGUAGGCCAUAUUGUUGUUCCGUCAUCAAAAAUAUAACUGGAGUAGUCUAAGUAGGUUCAGACAAAGCUUGUGUAUUUAUCUGUUACAUGUAGCUUAUAGCAGUGCCCAGUUAUGCCCUGUCCACUUCCUACACUGCCAGUAGUGAGCAACAGACUCCUAGCAACUGUUAAAGUAUGCUGAAUAAUGAUCAAAACUCUAUAAAAGACAAAUUCUACCACCAGUUAUCUAAAUAGUUUGAAGUUGUACAACAAAAAAUACUAGAACAAAAGUGUGUGGAUAUAGGACUGCUUAACAGAUUAUGUUUAUGCCACUUGAACUAAAAGCACUUGAAGAACAUAAUAGUUGUAGUUGCACCACAACCUAUUUAAACAGGAUUAGGGUUAGAAAAAGAUGUUCAAAAAAUAAUGAUUUCUUUAUUGACCCCUUGUGGUUGUAUUAUAGCCUAUAUGAAGUUAUUAUUUUAAAAAAAAAUUGGAGACAACGAAAGAUUGUCCCUGGUGACAUUUCCUUCAAGAGGCACAAUCUUCAAAAAUUUGUGCAAUUUCUUAUUUUCUUUUUGUCUUUCUCAAUUGGGGUAGCACUGUCAUAUUGGGGCUUUGGGUUAGGAUUUGUGGGAUCAGAAUGUGUGUAUUGAAAGCAGCACUGGCAGUUACAGAAGCGCAGUCACAUCUGGGUAUAUUCCAGUUAUUUCUGGACAUUUCAGGGAUUUCUGGUGCUGACUUUUUCAUGGGGCAUCUAAAUGUCCUGUGGUUGUUUGUUAUAUAGAAACUGAUAAAAACCAACCAAAGAAGCAUUUUGUUGUUUUGUGAGUAUUUUAUGUUGUAAGUUGAACAGGGUAAUACUAUAAGAUGCACUCUCAUGACUUUGUUGUUACAAAUCAACUUUUGGACAUUUAACAAUAAAAAGUAAGGGAACU